UCAGGCGGGGCGGCGGGAAGAUGGCGGCGCUGGCGGUUGCCGGGCGGGGGACAGGGGCUCCGUGAGGGGAUGGCGAGGCGAGCGGCGCGCAGCGGCUGAAGCUCUCCCGCCGCUCCCCCGCGGGCCCCGCGCGUUCCUGUCGGUCGGUUCCAUGAGCGGGGCGGGCGGUCUGGCGUGGCGCGCGCUGCACGCGCUGGUGCGCGCCUUGCUCUGCCUGCAGCGCGCGCUGCUCGCGUGCCUGCGCGGCCGCGCGGCCGCCGCCGCCGCCACCUCUUGCGCGCUCCUGGCGCCCGCCGCCCGCGCGCUCGGGUUCCGCGAGGCGCGCGCGGCCUGGCGGCGGCGAGGACCCGCGCGCGGCGGGGCGGCGCGCGGACGGCAGCGGUGGCGCGCGGACGGGCGCGCCCUGCGGAAGCUGCCGGUGCACGUGGGGCUGGUGGUGACCGAGGAGGAGCCGAGCUACGCGGACAUGGCCAGCCUGGUCGUGUGGUGCAUGGCCGUGGGCAUCUCCUACGUCAGCGUCUACGACCAUAACGGCAUUUUCAAGAGGAAUAAUUCAAGAUUGAUGGAUGAAAUUUUAAAACAGCAGCAAGAACUCUUGGGACUAGAUUGCUCAAAGUACACCGGGGAAUUUGCAAAUCACGACAAAACUGGUCAAGUUUUAAAUUGCCAAUCUACAUUGAAGGUGCUGUCUCCGGAAGAUGGAAAAGCAGACAUAGUCAAAGCUGCUCAGAACUUCUGUCAGUUGGUAGCACAGCAGCAAAGAACACAUUCAGACCUGGAUGUGAAUAUGUUAGACAACUUAUUAAGUAGUACAAAUGGAUUUCCUGAUCCUGAUUUAGUCUUGAAGUUUGGUCCUGUGGACAGCACAUUAGGAUUCCUUCCAUGGCACAUCAGACUAACAGAAAUCAUUUCUUUGCCUUCCCACCUAAACAUCAGCUAUGAAGACUUUUUCUCUGCCCUCCAUCACUAUGCAGCCUGUGAGCAACGCUGGGGAAAAUGACUUUGGGCUGAGUGCAUGGAGUGAAGCUUUCUGUGGGAAGGAACUGAUGUCUGUUUACAAGCACCUGUGACCCAUAUGUCUGGUUCAUAGUCCUUUCUUAAUUUAUCAAAAAAAUUCAAUAAAGUGUCUUACCUUUCUAGAGAGUCUGUGUGAAUGCGUGAGAAUCUAUGGGGGGGGAAUUCACAGAUUCCCUCUUUGAAAAAGACAGUUACUAAAAACAAAGCUGAAUUGCCCUCACUUUGACAUUCAAGUGUCAAAAUGAACAUGCAAGAAUUAAGUGUUGUGAAAUCAACAGGACAAUGUAAAUAGGAGUUCCGUGCUCUGAAGAUGCUUAAAACUAAGAAAGAACUUCAACCUUUGUUCCUUAAUUCUUCAUGGUCAGACAUUUCAGAGCUAAUGGUUUAUCUUCAGUUAUAUUUUCUAUGUGAAUUCUAGAGAAGCUGGUUUUGUUAACUGAAAAUAGAGUCUGCAACUUGGCUGGGAUGACUAAGCCAACUGUAGGUGUUAAGUUCUAGAAAUACUGAGAAGAUUCCAUAAAAAGGGAUGGAAGCUUCUAUGGUAAGUGGAUUAGGCAGUCUCUGUUGCACUAUCCAGCUUUUUUUUUUUUUUUAAGUGGUGGAAUGAAAGUAUUCCUACAAGCCCUGAGUGAAUGGAACAUCUCUCAGCAUCAGGU